AUGAAGUUAGGAGAGCUUCGAGAGUAUUUGGGCAAAGAUAAGAGCAAUCAUGAUUUGAAGUUAAUCAGUGGUGAUGGGGAGCUGAUUGAUGAUAUUGUUUUAGCGAAAUCGGUGGUCGUCAAUGGUGAAAAUAAAGAUUUGGAUGAGCUCACGGAAUUUUCUCUAGAAGGGAAACCAGUACCGUUAAGGGUGGUGAUUCAUUGUUGGUUGCACCGUAACUCUAGUGCAGCAGAUUAUUUAGCAGAUUGCCGGGCCAAGAAUUUUACCAAUGUUUCUUUCUUGCAUAGAAAUGAUUUGAUUCAGUGGUUAUCUGGAGAAUCUGAAACCUCACAAUACGUCAGUACUAGUGAAGAGAAAUCUGAACUACCUGACAAAUCUGCUUUGCAAUCAAAAGAAUCAAAUGCCGGGAAAGCUGCUUCUGCUCAGGUGAAAGGCGAAGUUUUUCCAUACGAACGUGCUAUAUUGGAUCAUAAUUCAUCUCUCAGAGGGUCAAAGCCAACCAAUUUCCAGUAUCUAAUAAAGGAAGCUGAGUUAAAACUUGUACAUUCGUUCAAAUCUGCAACCAAAUCUAAGAGUGGUACCAGUGGUAUCUCUAAACCAGACCAUAGCAAGGCGAAACCAUCCUCACAGAAAGAUCCUAUUAUUUUGAUUCCAUCAGCAGCAUCCUCCAUAUUCACUAUUGCCAACAUUAGACAGUUCUUGGAAGAGUCUAAAUAUGUUAAUCCAAAGGAUUUACCAAUAUCACAUAAGGACUUGGUCACCGCCGUGAAGAAAUUUGAUCGCAUAUCAAGACCAAUUAGAUUCCUAAUUGUAAACAAUACAAAACUAUUCACACAACCUGAAUAUUGGGACCGAGUUGUGGCUAUAUUCACCACCGGUCACGAAUGGCAAUUCACAAACUACCAAUGGUCAAACCCUGCGGAGUUGUUCCAACAUUGUAAAGGGUUUUACUUCCAUUUCUCUGGAGAUCUGGUACCAAGAAACGCAGAACAAUGGAAUGUACAGAAACUGGAACUUGACAAGAAUAAGCGUUUCAAGGAUAUAGAGGUCUCUCGUUUCUUCUGGACUAUAAUAGAGAGGGAACUAUUAGCUAGAGGCUAUCAUUGA